GUCACAGCCGAGGACGUCUCUUGAGCCACAAUGGAGAUGUUGUCUUCCCGUGACAGUCCGGUGUUCAGCAGGUGAUUAGCACAGGGAAGCUCCUCCUCAGCCUGCAACGGCAGACACAAACCUGGACAACAGCAUCUCAGUAUAAGGACUGAAACGAUCACAAUGGACACUUCAAAACUUCCUAAGAUCCAGGAUGAGGAGAGAGAAAGCCGGUUUGGAUAUGUCCAUGGAGUUUCUGGACCAGUGGUGACUGCUACUGCAAUGGCUGGAGCUGCCAUGUAUGAACUGGUCCGUGUCGGUCACAGUGAGCUGGUAGGAGAAAUCAUCCGUUUAGAGGGUGACAUGGCAACUAUCCAGGUCUAUGAGGAGACAUCUGGUGUGUCUGUUGGUGACCCUGUCCUACGAACAGGAAAACCUCUCUCUGUAGAGCUGGGACCAGGUAUCAUGGGCUCCAUCUUUGAUGGUAUCCAACGUCCACUGAAAGACAUUAAUGACCUCACUGAAAGUAUCUACAUCCCAAGAGGAGUUAACAUUGGUGCUCUUAACAGAGACAUCAAAUGGGAGUUUUCUCCUGGCCAGAACCUUCGGGUUGGCAGUCACAUAACAGGUGGAGAUAUUUAUGGCAUGGUGUUUGAAAACUCCUUAAUCAAGCACAAGCUAAUGCUUCCACCCCGCAACAGAGGCACCGUCACGUAUGUGGCUCCACCAGGGAACUACGACAUUUCUGAUGUGGUUCUUGAGCUUGAAUUUGAAGGCAUAAAGGAAAAGUUCACCAUGAUGCAGGUGUGGCCAGUACGACAAGUCCGCCCAGUAACAGAGAAACUACCUGCUAACCACCCACUGCUGACUGGUCAGAGAGUUCUCGAUGCACUUUUUCCAUGUGUGCAGGGGGGCACCACUGCUAUACCAGGAGCCUUUGGAUGUGGAAAGACUGUGAUCUCACAGUCAUUGUCUAAAUACUCCAACAGUGAUGUCAUUAUCUAUGUCGGCUGCGGAGAACGUGGUAAUGAAAUGUCUGAAGUACUGCGGGAUUUUCCCGAGCUUACUAUGGAAGUUGAUGGCAAAGUUGAAAGCAUCAUGAAGAGAACAGCGCUGGUUGCUAACACAUCCAACAUGCCUGUGGCUGCCAGAGAGGCUUCCAUUUACACAGGGAUCACGCUGUCUGAGUACUUUAGAGAUAUGGGCUACAAUGUGAGCAUGAUGGCCGACUCAACAUCUCGAUGGGCCGAAGCUUUGAGAGAAAUUUCUGGAAGACUGGCGGAAAUGCCUGCUGACAGCGGUUAUCCCGCUUACCUGGGCGCCAGACUGGCCUCCUUCUAUGAGCGCGCUGGACGCGUGAAAUGCCUGGGGAAUCCAGAGAGGGAAGGCAGCGUCAGCAUUGUCGGAGCUGUGUCCCCCCCUGGUGGAGACUUCUCAGAUCCUGUAACUUCAGCCACACUGGGAAUUGUUCAGGUCUUCUGGGGCUUGGACAAGAAGCUGGCUCAGAGAAAGCACUUCCCUUCUGUAAACUGGCUAAUCAGCUACAGCAAGUACACACGAGCUCUGGAUGAAUAUUAUGAUAAACAUUUCCCUGAGUUUGUCCCUCUUCGUACAAAAGCUAAGGAGAUUCUCCAGGAGGAAGAAGACCUGGCUGAAAUUGUGCAACUUGUAGGAAAGGCUUCCCUUGCUGAGACUGAUAAAAUUACUCUGGAGGUUGCUAAACUCAUCAAAGAUGACUUCCUACAGCAGAACGGUUACACCCCUUACGACAGGUUCUGCCCCUUCUACAAAACCGUUGGCAUCCUCUCAAACAUGAUUGCAUUUUAUGACAUGUCUCGACACGCAGUGGAGUCAACAGCUCAGAGCGACAACAAAAUCACCUGGGCCAUGAUCAGGGAACACUUGGGAGAGAUCUUGUAUAAGAUUAGUUCCAUGAAGUUCAAGGACCCUGUUAAAGAUGGUGAGGCUAAGAUUAAAGCAGACUACGCUCAGCUGCUGGAGGACAUGCAGAACACCUUCCGGACCCUUGAGGAAUGAGUGUCCUACCUCUUAUCUCUUCUCCAAAAUACCCAAACCCCAGUGCAGUGUGACAUAGUGCAGAAUAAUUGGCCCGUGUUCUGAAUGUCUGCCUCAGUCAUGUGAACUCUUGUAUUUCUGUGUUUACAUCCCCUUUGAACAUUCCAUGGACCUUACAAAUCAUUUCAUUUUGUUGAUUUAUUAAAGAUUUUCUCAACAAAUACACACAUUAACACCUUGUCUCAGCCCAUUGCACAGCAUUUAUGGAUCAUCUCACCAUGAUGUUGUGGUUGAUCUCAGUGGGCCCCAAUCAGAAGCUGUACUUGCACUCUACUGGCUGCAACAAAGAGUGGAAAUGGAUGUUUUUUUUGUCCCUCAGACUGAUGCUGAUAAAUACAGAUUACUAAUCAAAAGGGGAACAUGUAAAUGGAUAAAGGGACAGAGUAUUGUGUAUUCCUUGGGGGUUAAGACAUUCUUCCACUUCUUACCUCUUUUGUGUGAUCAUGUUGUGGACUAUAUACUUGAUAUGUGAAAAAUUGUGAAUGAAUGACUCUUAGUUUGUGUUGUUACAGAUGUCUCACUAUUAUAUUCAUGGUGCAUUACUGUCUCCUUGAAUAAAUGUAAAAAUUUAA